UGUUACUAACUGAGUUCCUCGUUUCACUCAGCUCCUCGUGCCUUACACUCGCUACACCAUGCAUAUCAACCUGCUAGCUCGGAAACUUCUCAUUUCUAAGGAGGGAGUUUUCACAAAGUACGCAGCCUCUGGUUGCAAGGAGACUAAGAAGACGAUCCUGACUAGAUCACUGACCUCAGUGACCUACAGCUCCCUCUGUAUACCAGAUGACAUUGCUGAGCGUGGACUGGAAGACAUUCCAAACUUCUACUACAGGGAUGAUGGACUCCAGCUCUGGGAUAUCAUCUUCAGGUUUGUGAAAGGAGUUCUCAGCUCCUACUACAAGGAUGAUGCUGCGGUCCAGAAAGACUCUGAGCUGCAGAAGUGGAUUGGAGACAUUUUUAAAUAUGGGUUCCUUUCUCAGGCAAGCACAGGAAUCCCACAUCAAUUUGAUGCAGUGGACGACCUCAUCAAGUUUGUCACCAUGGUGAUGUUUACUUGCUCAUGCCAGCAUGGGGCUGUGAACACUGGACAGUACGACUACGGGGCCUGGAUGCCCAACAAUCCCACCUCCCUGCAACUUCCUCCACCAACCACAAAGGGUACAACCACUGAGGCCACUCUGCUGGAAACACUGCCUGAUGUCAACACCACAGUUAAUGGCAUGGCGGUCAUGUGGCUACUCAGUCAGCAGUCUAGUGACUUUGUCCCACUGGGUCAGUACCCACAAGAACAUUUCUUUGAAGAGACUCCCUGCAAACUGAUAACAAAAUACCAGGGAGAACUUAAGAAAUUAAGUGCAGCCAUUGAGGUCAGAAACCAGAGUCUGGAUGUCAAAUACACAUACUUGGACCCAGCUAAGUUAGAAAAUAGUGUUGCCAUUUGAGUGACUUGCUCAGCAUUUGCUCAAAUUCACCGUCAUGAUUAAAACAGGGGAGAGAGUAAAGAGUGCAUGUGCUAUUUUUAAGUAACAAUGGAGUACAACGAAACUACUACAUUCGUUGAAUAAUAUGGUGACAAAUGAGUGGGCAUUUUAUGAAAACAAUAUUAAUAUUAAGCUUUGAUGCUGCUUCAUUAUUAUUCCGGCAAGCUGUACUCUAAGAGGUGAAGGGCUGCUCUCCACCAUUCAAAGCUCCCAAUCACAUUGUGAAGUCCAUAAUAAUAGUUUAAAACACUUUAACACAGAUCCUAUUGAUCCUGUCCUCAGUGUCACUAUUCUGACUUAGGAAAAUUGAUAUAUUGAGAAUAUUUUUUCGGGAUCAAAACAAAUGUGUUAUUGAAACAACUAUUGCAGCAUGUGUGAAUUGUAUGUAACAAAGGAGUUAUGCACAGUUGUAUCCUGUGUGUGUGUGGUUUUAAUGCUUUAGGGAUGAAAACAUGGUUGAUCUUCUGUUUUUGUUUUGUUAAUCACAACAAUAUAUAAUAAAGAGAAUGCAAAGCAAG